AAGAAUAGAAGAGAAAAAUAAGAGUUAAGAUAAAAUGGUGGUGGGAAGUAUCAGUCAUGAAAUCGAGUCUCCAUUGGAGGCUAAGAGACUGUGGAAUGCCUUUGUGAAGGAUGGCCAUAAUCUCCUUCCAAAGCAAGCGCCUGAGCUUUUUGCAAGCAUCACAUUCCUCCAAGGCGAAGGGAGUGUAGGAGGCAUCAAGCAAAUCAAUUUUACUCCUGCGAACAAGGAUUUCAGCUAUGUGAAGGAGAAAGUGGAGGAAGUGGACGAGGAGAAGUUAGUGUACCGCUACAGCCAUGUGGAAGGAGGACUGCUGGGAAAGAAAGUGUCAUCUGCCACAUACGAAUUCAAAUACACCCCGAAAGCAGAGGGAGGGUGCAUUUGCAGCUAUGUAGUCCAUUUUGAUAGCCUUCCUGGCGUUCCUCAGGACGAUGAGAAAGUGAAGGAGAUUAAAGAUAUGAGCACUGCUCUGUUCAAGAAGAUUGAGGCAUAUCUCCUCGCUAAUCCCAAUUUGUACUGUUAAACAGAUAUUUUGAUUAGAGGGCGUUACCAUCUGGUCUUCCUGCAGAAGGUUUCUAUUUAUGCUUGAAUAAAAUAUCAAAUUACCUACUCCCUUGUGUUCACCACACAGGGCCUCAGUU